AUGAAUGAGUGUCACUCUUGGCUUGCUUGUGAUGACAUCAGACAUUUGGAUGUUGGAGAACUGAUAGGAUUUGGUGCUGUCAAACAUGUGUAUCAAACAUCAUGGCAGAAUAACACAAUGGCAGUAGCUUUCCUUAAUAACAACAAUUAUUCAGCUGACUUUCUCUUUGGCAUAGAAGUAUUGAAACAAUUAGGAUGGAGCAAAUAUAUAGUGCAGCUGAUUGGGUUUUGUGAGGAAGUCCCAGUAUUCCUAACUGAGUAUCAUCCUGCAGGCAGUAGUGUUAAUGUGGACAUUAUAUUUGGGAACGACUCUCACAGCCUGAGUCAAAGAUUCCAGUUGUGUAUUGAUUACGUAAAGAUACUUGCCUUUCUGCAUGACAGCCCAGCAGGUCCUCUGAUGAUGUGCGACUCCAGUACGCUUGUCAAGACGUUGGAACAGUACCUCCUCACUACCUCCGGGAACCUCGUGCUGAAUGACGUGGAUUCUUUGGCAAAGGUGAUGGAAGGUGGUACUGUAUGCGGCCACCGGGAACUAAAAGGUGAUUUUGUGGCACCGGAGCAGAAAUGGCCAUUUGAUGGAGAUGAAUACAGGACUGAAAGGAUGCCGCCAUACAGUGAAAAGGCAGACGUUUGGAAGAUACCGCCAGUGUGUAGUUUUUUCUUGGGCAAGAGUGACGGAGCCCGGGCACUCCAUUACCACUUACACAACAUGCACAGGAGGUGCCGGGAGAAGGAACCACACAGAAGGCCCAGUGCCCGCGAGUUGUUGCGGGCUUACGAAACGUUAAAUUGGUCAUAUUUCGGGAAGAAAGCUGAGGAAAAGGAAGAACUUUGA